UUCAGUAAUUGAAAACCCUAGCCACCUCUGGCAACUCGCUAAUGGAUUUUCAAGCUUUGCUCUAAUGUCACUGUUAUGCUGUGGAACAAAGUGUUCAGCUUUUUGGGCUUAUAAGUACGUGUCGGAGCUAUGGAGGAAGAAGCAGUCCGAUGUAAUGAGGUUUUUGCAGAGGGUGAGGUGCUGGGAAUACCGUCAGCAUCCAUCAAUUGUUAGGGUCAACCACCCAACUCGUCCUGACAAGGCACGCCGCUUGGGUUACAAGGCCAAGCAGGGUUAUGUGGUUUAUCGUGUCCGUGUUAGGAGGGGUGGUCGAAAGAGGCCUGUUCCCAAGGGUAUUGUCUAUGGUAAGCCAACGAACCAGGGUGUCACCCAAUUGAAGUUCCAGCGCAGCAAGCGAUCUGUUGCCGAGGAGCGUGCUGGUCGAAAAUUGGGAGGUCUCAGGGUUGUUAAUUCAUACUGGAUCAAUGAGGAUUCUACUUACAAGUACUUUGAGGUUAUCCUGGUUGAUGUUGCUCACAAUGCUAUCCGCAAUGACCCAAGAAUUAACUGGAUCUGCAAUCCUGUUCACAAGCACAGGGAGCUUCGAGGACUGACAUCUGCUGGUAAAAAAAACAGGGGCCAGCAAGGAAAGGGUCACUUGCACCACAAGAAUCGCCCUUCUCGCAGGGCAACCUGGAAGAGAAACAACACUCUCUCCCUGCGUCGCUACCGCUGAGUUUAGUGGGUUGCUUAGACUUUUUGAUUCUGCUCCUGUUGAUUUUAGAAUUCAUCAACUUGAGUUUGAAAUUUUGGAGAUACCACUUAAGUUUACAUCUUUUUUUUUUUUGUGUUUGAUAUCUGAUUUCAGAACAAUUUAAGUAGUUGGUGAUUGUACAUCCGUAUUUCAGUUUUCGUGCAUUUUCUCAGAAACCAAACAGAGUUACAUUUAGCUCUUUUACAAUUGGACCUAUCGCGAAGCAUGACCUCUCUCUCCCGUCGUCUUCCAUGUCGAUUAUU